AUGUCCAGUGUCAAAACCAGACGACAAACAGCUGCUGCUUCUACACCAUCAACUCCUACGCCCGCAGCUCGUGAACAAGUCAUCAUGAAUGGCAAUGGUAAUGGUUCGGCACAUAAGUCUGAAGAGGCUGUGCAUGUUAAAGAAAACAUAUUUCUCUUCUGGCCCAAUGUUAUCGGAUACUUUCGAAUCGUUCUCGCAUUGGUUUCUCUAUACUACAUGCCCCUUCAUCCACGUACCUGUACUCUUCUCUACAGUAUCUCCUGUCUUCUCGAUGCUCUCGAUGGAUAUGCUGCCCGCUACUUUGAACAAUCUACAAAAUUUGGUGCGGUGUUGGAUAUGGUGACCGAUCGUUGUACCACCGCCUGUUUGCUGGUCUUCCUUUCUUCAGCCUGGCCUCGAUGGGCUCUUCUUUUCCAAGGACUCAUCUCGUUGGAUUUGGCUAGUCAUUACAUUCACAUGUAUGCGACUCUUGUUAUGGGAGGAGGAGAUACCAGUCAUAAGCAAGUCGACAAAUCUCGAAGUUGGAUUUUGAACUUGUAUUACACAAAUAAGACUGUCCUGUUCCUCUUCUGUGCUCUUAACGAAGUUUUCUUCAUCGCCCUCUACCUCCUUUCCUUCUCCUCUCCUCUGCUCUCACCAUCUCUCCUCCAAGUUACCAACAAUGGCGAAGCAGCAAGCACACUCGUCCCCGGAAGCCCCUCCAACCCAUCUGCCGCAUCCCUCUUUGCCAAUCCCUACAGCGCCGGCGCAUUGGAGCUUGCGCGCGCCAAUAAGAUGGAUUCAACCUGGCCAUGGAUCAUUGCCGGAAUCUCAUUCCCCAUCAUGGCAGGAAAACAAAUCAUCAAUGUCGUACAAUUGGUCAAAGCUAGUCGAUGGUUGGCCGAGGGAGAUAUUCAAAUGAGGAGAGCAGCUGGAUUACCAAGACAGUUAAAGGAGAAAUGA